CUCCUCCUCUUCCUCCUCCCUCUCUGCCUCCUAUCUGCAUCUGCUGCAGAACAACACGCUCCUUCUCGUCUUUCAUCUUCCUGUUUCUCACACCGGAAUCUUUCUGUUCUCUCUAUUUUUGUCCGAUAAGUGAGUCAGCUCCUCCACCCGCGGAGUUAAAGGUGCGGAGAGGGGGGGGGGCAUGUGGCACCUCCCGCUAGUCACUUUGAGGAUGGAGAUGGAGCAGAGUAGAGCGCCGGAUGGGAUAGGAGCCCUGGAACCCGCAUCAGUCAGCGCGGACUGAGCCUCCCCUGCAUCCCUCCAUCCCUCCCUCCUCAGUCUGCAUCCUCCAGGAACAGCCGCCGCAUCAUUUUUUUUUCCACAGCAGCUGCCCCCUCCUCGCUUCUUUUCCGUCUCCCUUCCUGCACCACUGUGGGAAUGCAGCGGAGGUAGUCCAAACCUUUUACGGAGCGGUUCUCUGUUUUUUUUUUCUUUAUCUCUUCCUGCUGCUCAGCAGAUCUCUCCAUCACAGACAGCAGUGACUUGCUGCAGCCCGGAGACACACGGACGCCUGUCAUCAUGGCAAAUCUAUGGGGGGGCUGCGCGUAAACUGGACCUGGAUCAGUUGGAUUUAGCCGCUUCAACAUCAUCGGGCUUCAGCUUCCACAAGCUCAGAUUGGACUGUCAAGCAAAGGAGACCAGACCGUUUCUGAGGACUGCUUGGACCUAAAGUUAAUGCUGCUUUGAAAUAUUAUAUUAUUAUUAUUAAAAAUAAUAAUAAUGAUAGUCUUAAAGAGUGGGGGCUACACAGGGACAUGCAGUCGAUAAUCCAUGAAUUGAUGCUGGAGAGGGGUGCUGCCCUUGCCUGGGUUGUUGGUUUGAUCGCUCUCAGAUGGAUUUACAGCUCCAGUCUAAAGCCAACCACGAAACGGAUCAAUACCCCCCCCUGUUCUUUUUGCAACGCCUUUUUAACACGGAGAGAAGCAUUCUGGGAUUUAUCAACACUUUGUUAGAGCCAAACAACUGUAAGCCCCCAUCAUCAACCCCCCACUACCACCAGGGUUUGGAUCACCUGUCCACAACCUGCGUGGUCCUGUGUGUUUUCCGUGUGCAUGUCUGUGUGUGUUUGGUGUGUGUUAAGUGUGUUGUCCGCCAGAGGGAGUGAAUAUUAUGUUGCAUGUGAAAGCAUCUGAGUGCAGUGCCAGCUUUUAAUUAGAACGUGACUGCGCGGGUGCUGCGUCUGCUUGCUUGUGGCUGCUUGUGAGUUUGUGUUUUACAUUUGUGCAUGCAGGUACAUACAGGCUCAGCAUUGUCAGAGUUUUUCCUGAAGAUGUGCAACGUUUCCUGUGCACCACAUCGCCUUCCUUUCACAUGUUCCCGCCUCAUCUGGCCACCUGUUUGACCUCUCAAGCCCCCUAAGAGACAGAAUAAGCUCUGGCAGGAUGAGUGAUCACUCUGGCGCAAACACUCUGGCAGCCAUGACGCUGGAGGAGCCAGGGGCUGAUCAAGCAUCUCCACGAGCCCCAGGGCCUCUCCGCUGUGGCCCUUGUGCCGUCUGGCCUCGCCAGCAGACCUGGCUGUGUGCUGUGCCACUGGUCAUGGGUUUUGUGGGACUGGGACUCAGUCUUAUGUUGCUGAAAUGGAUUGUGGUGGGCUCCGUCCAAGACUAUGUUCCCACCGAUCUGGUGGACCCUAAAGGUAGCAUUGGUCAGGACCCUUUUUUCCUUUCCAAACCCAGUGCAAUGCCUAAGGGGCCAGACAUUUCUACCGGUACCAGCACUUUGGCUGGAUCCACAACUCCAGUGCUAUCGACUACCACAUCGUUGGCUGCAGAUGGUACCGCCCCAGCGCCAAGAACUCGAUCAGGGCCACCGGCAAACCACUCCGCAAAUGGCAGCACGGCCAAUGGAGAUGGCAAUCGUGCCCCGCACCUGCACAACCGUGUUGGCACCCGCAUAGGUGGAACUGGCGUUACCACAUCUGCGACGCGCACCACCAGGCUGACGCCAUCGCACAGCGGUAAAGAGGUCACCCCACGCAGCACCGUCAGAAAAGGAAGCAGCUCAAGCAAUGGACGCAACGGACCGGCCAACUCAAAGCCUGGACAGUCUUCUCCAACCUCCACGGCCUCCACCACGACCACAGCUGCUGGAAAGAGCAGCCCCAAGGUGCAGUUCACCACUUCCCAGCCGGUACCCCCAAUGAAACCCACGUCACGCUGGAAUCACGGGCGCCCCGGAAAGGGCCCAGUCACACGCCCACACCAUCGCUUCAGAACAUCAUUGGCCCCUACACUUCCAAGUGUCCGCUCGGAGGUCUUCAAGCCGUGUGUGGAGGAUAAGGACCUGGCCUUCUGCCUGAACGAAGGCGAAUGUUCCAUCAUUGAAACGGUGGCCGGGGUCCACAGACACUGCAGGUGUAAGGAGGGCUACCACGGCCUACGAUGUGACCAAUUUGUUCCCAAGACUGACGCCAUCUUGUCCGAUCCAGCAGAUGAGCUUGGGAUCGAGUUCAUGGAGAGCGGCGACACCUACCAGAGGCAGGUGCUAUCCAUCUUCAGCAUCGCCUCGGGGAUCUGUCUUCUUGGAGUGGCGUGCAUGGCUCUCUACCGCCGCAACAAGAGACACAGUGAAAAGCUCCAGGCUCAUUUCUCCAGCAGCCGCAGUCUGAGAGACUGCAGCGUCAACGCCUCCGGCCUCAUGUCCAAAUCCACCCCAAGGUUUCAGUACAGCCUUCAUCUACAGAACGGCUGCAGUCCUCAUGGAUCAUCUGUUAUGGUCGGCAAUGUGACACCAAGCACUUCGGCGGCAACCCCACCGAUUCUCAGCAAAGCGCUCUCUAAAGGGAAACGCUUCAGGAGCUGCUCCCUCUCGCUCAGUCCAGCUCUGCAGCGGAAAGAGGCCAGCCACUUCAGGACGCCGCCAAUUUCCAGAGGGAAACACAAAGUACCCACAAAUCUCGUGGAGGCAUCCAGAGGGAGCGGCCACGUCUACAAACACUUGCAGGAGGAUGAAUCGACAGACGUGGAGUCCGUCAGAAGGUGCGACUCCGCCAGUGGAAGGGUGGAGAUGCUUCUCAGCAGGACCUCCCUUUCUCACUUUACUGCCAGGAAAGGAUGGACCGAGGUCCCCUGCACCCGCCUGGAUAAGGACACAAGUUUCCUCCCUCCUUCCUUGCGCACCCGCUCUGUGCCCAUCAUCCCAUCACUGCAGGCGUGUGACCCGGACGAAGGGCGCCAGAAGAUGAUUGACUGGAAACAAGCAGGGGUCCUCAAGUGGCCCCCUGCUGUGGCUGGAAAGCUGGGGCUUCCCAUUAGCAGUUUUUGCUCUCAGCCGGAGACUGUUGUGUCGACGGCUGACACCGCUGGCGUUAACCCCCAUGCGACCGCCAAUGCUCCAAUGGGACUGGAGAAGAACCUCAGCAGCAUUCCAGCGCCCGUCGGCUCCGCCGAAUCUACACAAGCAGAGCGAAAAAGCCUCUCCUACCCCAAGAAAGUGAUCGGAUCUCAAAGCGCGAUCCCUCACUGCGCCCCAGAGGCUGAGACUGAGACGGGGGGAAGCGGUGUCCAAAAUACAGUUCUGCACACAAGCAGUGGGAGCAGAGGUUUGAAGGCGGCAGGCCAAAGAGAAAUCCAGGGACAGAGCCAAGGUCAGACACCCCCUUUGUAUGGAGGCGCAAACUGCUUCCUGGCCAAAGGAGCCAGCUGCAGAGGAACUGGAAACCCUCCUGCAAGCUGAUUGGAUUAACUCUGUAAAGCUACAAAGACACCUUUUCCAAAUGACUGUGCACCUUUGCUGGUGGCUCAGGAUUGUUAGCAGGUGGGCCCAUCUGUGUGGCCACAUGGACCAAGAAAAAAAGACAAGAAAAAAACAACAGAUGGAGAUUGAUUUUUGAAGGAAACUUAACAGAUUGAACUGCCAGGAAAAAAAACUACAAAUGAAAGAGAGAAAAAAAACUUGACACAAAAAGACAUCAAACCACCCAGAAAAAAAA